UUGUUUUGUAUUUGGGUUUCUUUUCUUUUGGUUGCUCUUCUUCUUCUUCUUCUUCUCCGUUCCUCUUUCUUCUCUUACUCAGCAGCCAGCCACUAUACCCGUCUCGCUCGCGCGCUCUCUCUCUCUCCCCGCACCCCACCCCCACCCUCUCCCACUAGCCUUCGCUUUCCUGGGAGCGGGUCGGCUGCUGGUGUUGCUGGUGCUGCUCUGCCGCCGUUGCCGUCGCGGCCAUUCUGGGUUGGGAUUGGCACGAGGGCCACUUCUCUCUUUCUUCUCUGCUCAAAUCCCAACACAGCUUCAGAGCCACCCUCGGGUGCUUUCCAAGACAGACGUCACCCGAACCCGCCAUCCAUUUUGAUCCUGAGGGUUGAUUUGAGGAGCUUUGUGAAGCGUUCGGGUUAGGGUUAAGGGAGGGCGAGGAUGCUGGAGAGGUUGGUAUGUAAAGGAGUUUGGAUUCUACAAGGGAGAAAAACGCAGAAGGCUGGUGGAGUGGGCUAGUGCAGGGAGGUGCAGCAGCUCUUCUUUUGGAGGUGUAAGAAGCAUUGCUAACACCUUCACCCGGAAGAGAAUAUGUAUAAAGAUCGGAGCUCAUCUCUGGCAACAGAGGCUAGAGGUGGGAAUGUGAGGGGCGAAUUGUACCGCGACGUGACUGACAACAAAAAACGAUUCGAGGGUGGAAUUCCACUCCUUCAACCUCCUUCAACCUCUAAAGGACUAAUUGGCAGGGAGAAAGAUCGAAUAGCUGCCGCCGCUUCUAAGACUCAAACCAGUCGCAACGCUGCACUUGAGGCGAGGCCCACUCUGGAGAAGGCUAAGUAUCCAGAAGAUGAGGACUCAGAGUCGGAAAGCGAGGAUUCUGAUGUGAGUGCAUCUGAUGGAGAGGAUACUUCUUGGAUCUCCUGGUUCUGCGGCUUGAGGGGCAAUGAGUUUUUCUGCGAGGUUGAUGAUGAGUACAUUCAGGACGACUUCAAUCUAAGCGGCUUAAGCAGUCAAGUUCCCUAUUAUGAUUAUGCGCUUGACCUGAUCUUGGAUGUGGAAUCCCCUAGUGAUGACAUGCUAACUGAGGAGCAGAAUGAAUUGGUAGAGUCCGCUGCCGAGAUGUUGUAUGGGUUGAUCCACGUCCGCUAUAUCUUAACCAGCAAAGGAAUGAAUGCAAUGCUUGAAAAAUGUAAGAAUGUUGACUUUGGUCGAUGUCCUCGUGUCUACUGCUCUGGACAACCGUGUUUGCCCAUGGGUCAGUCAGACGUUCCUCGAACAAGUACUGUGAAGAUAUAUUGUCCAAAGUGUGAAGACAUAUAUUACCCUCGAUCAAAAUAUCAGGGCAACAUCGACGGUGCAUAUUUUGGCACUACAUUUCCACAUCUGUUUCUGAUGACAUACCCCUACAUCAAGCCUUCAAAGCCGACUCAGAGUUACACACCGAGAAUUUUUGGUUUUAAACUUCACAAGAGUGCAAGGUAGAUGAUCUCCAGCCUUUAGGCUUUGUUUCAUUCGCGGUGAAGGAUCGACUUAUGAACCGCAAUGUAUGUGACUUCGAGAAAUUUGGUUAAAAUUUGGCUCCAAUGUGGAGGUUGUGUCAGAGAACUUCAGUGAU